AUGGAUGACGAACUCGUUCAGGUCCUCACCAAUACCCAAUCCUCCGACCAGGCCGUUCGCCACCAGGCCGAACUCGCCCUGAACCACGCCAAAGAUAACCCCGCCUUCCCCGUCUCGCUCGCGAAUGUCGCUGCCCAUGCCGCCGUAGACACCGCCGUCCGCCAGGCGGCCCUCACUUCUCUCCGCCUCUUCAUCGAGGCCAACUGGAAUCCUGACGGCGCGGAUGGCGAGCCCGUCGUCGAGAUCUCGGAGGAGGCCAGGGCUCAGCUGAGGCGCACCAUGCUCGAGCUUACCCUGAGCCCUGAAAAGAACCGCAAGGUCAAAAUUGCUGCGAGCUAUGCUCUCGGUAAAAUGGCCAUCCACGAUAUCCCAGACAAGUGGCCCGAUCUCAUCCCCAGUCUCCUUACUAUGAUCACGACCGGUACCGAUACACAAGUUCAUGGCGCGCUUCGCACCAUCGCCGAUAUCGUCGAGGACAGUUUAAGCGAGGAUCAAUUCUUUUCCAUGGCCCGCGACAUCGUCAAGGCCUUGACCGCCGUUGCCCUCGACGAAAACCGAACCCCCACCAUUCGAUCGCUCUCCGUGUCCAUAUUCCGCUCGUGCUUCGAUCUCCUGGAAAUUGUCAAGGAUGAACAUCCCAAAGAAGUCAAGGCGUUUGGUGACGAGCUUAUCCAGGAAUGGGGCCCUUUCUUCCUGCAAGCACUCAAGGCCAGGCUUCCCAAUGAGCCCGUGACCGCUUCGAAACAGCCACAGUCGUGGAAUGGGCUGAUCAUGCUAAAGCUUCAAGUUCUCAAGACUCUCCUCAAGGUGAGGGUGGUUCUUCCUGGCUUGAUUGCCAACCAGGCCCUUGAGUACUUUAGUGCCGUUUGGGAGGAACUCCUCGCUCUGCAGGGCCCCCACAGGGAGCUCUACAUCGACGACAACGCCCAGGACCGCCUGGAGGAUAUUGACAGCCUUCCAUACUCGUUGGAUUUCCUCAUCCUCGAGGAGCUUGACCUCAUUCACCAAUUCCUCCGAGCACCGCCCGUACACGCCCAACUCGAUGGCCAACUCAAGGCUCACCCUUCUGCCCAGGAAACGCCUUGGCUGACCGAGAUUAUGAAGACCCUCGUUGCCUUUUCCCGCAUCACUCAGGAAGAGGAAGGCCUGUGGGACAUAGAUUGCUCCCUAUACCUUGCCGAGGAAGCUUCCGCCUCAGCCAACUAUACCUCUAGGACUGCCGCCGGAGACGUUUUGAUCAAACUUGGUGAGGUCUACAGCCAGGCGGCCCUCGACGGUCUAUUCGGAUACACCCAGACUCUCUUCACCGGCGAUUCUGCCUCUGAUUGGAGGAGCCAGGAAGCCGCUCUUUACCUCUUCAAUAUGCUUGCGAGCGACUUUGACGACAUGGGCAAGAAUGUUCCGGAACCCACAGCUCGUGCCUACCUCGGCCUUGUAGAUUUCUCCAUCAACCAGGCCGACUGCCCGCUUCUGCGUGCCCGAGGCUAUCUGGUCGGUGGCACUCUAACACGGGCCUUCACCACCCCGGAUACUCUGAAUGAGCGAAUCCUCCAAUGCAUCAACGGCGAGGAGGCCGAGGUUGUCCGGGUUGCUUGCAUCAAGGCUGUCGAGCACCUGGUCCGCGCUAAGCGCGUGACUCCAGAGCAACAGAUUCCCAUCAUUCUCGCCAUGUCGCAGUACAUGCAGAACAAGGACCCAGACGAGCUUGAAGACGCUGAUGAGCUUCUAGUGACGCUGGCCGAGUCUCUUCGCCUCGUCAUCAAUGUCAACCACCGCGUCGCGUUGGCAGCCGAGGUCCAGCCCGUCGACAUCCUAUUUACCCUUGCCAGGCUCGGAGCCUCUAACUUCCAAGUCACCAUGAUUGUCACCGAGGCGUUUGAGGAUAUUGUCCAAAACCUGACAGACCCUACCUCGUAUACCGCUCUUAGCGCCAAAGUACUUCCCAUCCUCACUGCCGCCUUUGACGUGGCUAACCUCACCCAAGACGACCCCUUGGUUACGAGGCUGCUGAUGGAAGCGGUCGAGGGAGAAGUCUUGCGACCCGCCGCCGAGUCAUUGAAGUACCUGCUCAUGCAUGAUCACCACCAGGUGUUUGGCUGGCAGGACGAGUCGGGCCAGAGCGGUUUGGAUAUCUGUCUGCUCGUUAUUGACCGGCUCCUCGGCGCAGCCAUUGAGGAUAACUCGGCCUCCGAGGUUGGAGGCCUGGCUGCUGAACUUGUGGAGAAGGCGGGACAUGAACGCCUGGGGCCGUAUCUGCCCCAACUUCUGCGAGCCGUGGCCACUCGUCUGGGCAGCGCGCAGACUGCCCCGUUCAUCCAGUCUCUCAUCCUCGUCUUUGCCCGCCUAUCUCUCGUCGGCGCUCACGAUGUUGUUGAUUUCCUCGGGCAAACCCAAAUCGGUGACCACAAUGGCCUUGACGUCGUCCUCGGCAAGUGGCUCGAGAAUUCGGUCAGCUUUGCUGGAUAUGACGAGAUUCGCCAAAAUGUCAUUGCCCUCUCAAAGCUUUAUUCGCUAAACGAUGCUCGCCUCGCUCAAACCAUGGUGAAGGGUGACCUGAUCAUCACCGAUACCGAGCGUAUUAAGACUCGCUCUCGGGCCAAGCAAAACCAGUUCACCAUUAUCCCCGCCUCGCUCAAGAUCCUAAAGGUUCUCAUCCAGGAGCUUCUUUCCGCCUCGGGUGGCGGAAGGGCUGCCUCAACUGCUGCUGCUAUGGCUGCCGUUGCCGAACUUGAUGAUGACGACGGCGACGAUAGCUGGGAGGACGACCCUGACAGCGUUGAUCUCGGGCUUGGUGGCUCUAAGUCUGACCUCUACGCAUUCAUCGAGAGCACUGGCAGCCGUCAGCAAGACGACGAGACGCAAGCCUACCUUUCCGAGUUCUUCAUAACAGUAGCGCGCGACAACGUAGCCAAUUUCCAGGAAUGGUACAACAUGCUUACGGAUGAGGAGCGCGGCAAGCUUCAGGAAUUAGCAUCCCAGCCCUCGGCUUAG